CGGAAUCUGCUGGUCCUUGGGUUUACUUUUCUGCCCAAGGUCUGGCUACAUUCCAUCACCCCCGGGCUGUAGUACCUUGCUGCCAGAUUAAAAUCGCUGUGCUAUUGGAAUUUGGGUGUUUUAGUUAGGACGUGCUUGUCACCUCUGCCUCUGGUAUUUCAGUCUUGAAUCUGUCUGCCAGAGAGACGACUAUGAAGAGGUUAACAAAUUUCAUCACGAUGUCUCUUCCCUCCUGACCGUGUAAUCGAACUUUAGUGGUGCAUCCAAAGAGGGUUUCAAAGGACUUCUUGAGCAUUUAGUGGGUGUGCUGAAUCCUGCAGAUUACGAACUCUGCAGGACAUCCAAUGAAAACAACAACACCUUAAUUGAAUUGGGGAUUGGCGGCUCUCACUUUUUAAUUUAACGUUUUUUUUUUUGAAGGACACUCUCAUCAUGACGAUUCCAUUAUCUCGGACUCAACUAGCCCUGUUUUUCAUCCUCUUGUGUCCGGUCAAUAUCAUUGGGUUAUGGUGGGCAGUGGGGAGCCCUCUGGUCAUGGACCCCAAUAGUAUCUGUCGGAAGACCAAGCGACUAGCGGGCAAGCAGGCUGAGCUGUGCCAGAACCAGCCAGAGAUCGUCCACGAGGUCGCCAAGGGUGCCAAGCUGGGUGUGCGGGAGUGCCAGUACCAGUUUCGUUUUCGCCGCUGGAACUGCACCAGUCAGAACAAGUACUUUGGCAAAAUACUCCAACAAGACAUCCGGGAGACAGCGUUUGUGUACGCCAUCACAGCGGCUGGGGUGACCCACACGGUGACUCAGGCCUGCAGUAUGGGGGAGCUGCUGCAGUGUGGCUGUGAGGCAACCAGGAGCAGGGCUCCCCCUCGGCCAGCCUCCUCCUCCACCACCACCUCUGGCGAGGGAGUCAAGUGGGAGUGGGGCGGCUGCGGAGACGACGUGGAGUUUGGCUACGAGAAGUCCAAGCAGUUCAUGGAUGCCAAGAGGAAAAAGGGCAAGAGUGACAUCAGGACGUUGAUCGAUCUCCACAACAACGAAGCAGGACGACUGGCGGUGAGGAAUUAUAUGAGGACUGAAUGUAAAUGUCAUGGCCUGUCCGGGUCUUGCACACUCCGGACCUGUUGGAAAAAGAUGCCUCACUUUCGCGAGGUGGGUGAUCGCCUGCUGGAGCGGUUCAAUGGAGCUUCCAAGGUGAUGGGAGGCAACGAUGGCAAGACCCUGGUUCCCGUAGGCCAGAACAUCAAGCCUCCGGACAAACAGGACCUGAUCUACUCGGCCGAGUCGCCCGACUUCUGCUCGCCCAAUAGGAAGACGGGCUCACUGGGCACGCGGGGCCGCAUGUGCAACAGCACAGCCAUGGACGUGAGCGGCUGUGACCUGCUGUGCUGUGAGCGUGGCUACCGGGACGAGACGGUGGUGUUCGAGGAGAACUGCCUCUGCCGCUUCCACUGGUGCUGCGUGGUGCAGUGUAAGAAGUGCUCGGUGAGGAAAGAGCUCAGUCUCUGUCACUAGCAUUACCACAGUGAAGCUGGGUUGGUUUCAGGCCUGGCCUCUUCUGCCUCACACGAAAGAUGCACUGAGAUCAUGCUCCCACAGUUCAAUUCAGGAGCACACUGAGAGAUUAGUGUCUUAUCUAGGAUCAUCUUGGACAGACAGCUGCAGUGACUCUUCUCUCAAGCUGCAGAACAGUCCAGAAUGGCCACUACUCCAGUGCUCACCACAUAGAGCUCUAUGACCCUGAAACACUGGCUCUUUUCGGCUCUUUUUCUAGAAACCCACUGGAGGAACUUACCCAACAACUGUUCCAGCUCUCCAGAGUGGAAUAUUGAAGGUCACAUCUGAGGUUAAAAGUUCAAUUUCAGCUCCGAGAACACUCUAGAACAGAACGCUUGGUCCCAUCUCAUAGAAGACAAUCAGAUAGCUUGGUACCAUUCUCCGUCGUCGGUACGGAGGUCGUUGCCUCUAAAGCAGUGGUUCCCAAACGUGUUUGCACAGUGACCCACCUCAAGCCUUUAGCCAUUGAACCAGAAAAUAGCACAGCAACUGUUUCUAGCCUCAAACCCAAUGCCAAUACCGUCUAGGAACAUGCUACAACCCACAAUUAGGGAAACACUCUUCAUAGUCAGUUAACCAUGUAACUACAAGUGGGGACUAUUGUAACAAAAGCAUAAUGACGUCUGAGUGUGGGAAAUAAGACGAUGGUCUUGGUAAUAAGAUAGUAAGCACAUCAGCAUGCUACGUUUCUAUAUACAGUAACUGGAAUGUUCUGAAAAAGGAAAAUGGACAUGCACAACGUGGAAUACAGGUAUCAAGCACAAAACGUAUGAAAAAAGGGAAAUGUGGGGGUUAUUWGUUUGGAGGACGAACCCCAUCAUGUUUCAUGGUGAGGAGCUGAACUGACACCCGAGACUAUUAUUUAUGAACAUUUUAUGACAAGACUACUCAUAGUGAUACGGUGAGGAACGUGCCUACCAUCUCUCUGAAAAGCACUUUGGAUAUGGGAGCAAUCUAUGUAAACCAUAUGUUACAUUGGUUGUUGUUUGAGUCGUUUGCAAAUGGGGAAACGUGUGACGACUUUUUCUCGUAUGAGGUGCAGUAUCGAGAAAGUAUAAUAUUAGGUUUAUCUGUUUAAUAUACAGGGCUUUUGUAAUGCACUUUCAAUUAAAGCAUUUGUUGCGUAUAGACUUGUUACAUUUAGUCAUGUUGUGCAGAAUGGCCAUUCCACAAUCACAUACAAUGCUGACAACGAAUCCAUCCAUUUGUCUCUUUGAUAAGUCAACUCGCUGAAGUGAGUUGGAUGUCAGGAAGCCCAUUUCUUUUGACUCUCUGCCUACGUUCUUCGGAAUAGGCAGAUCAGAUCUCUGCUUAUUUUUUUUGGGGGGGGAUGGGGGGGGCAAAACCUAUCAUCACCGUCAUUAAUAAUAACAAUUACUUACGAAGCGUGUUGUACCCAAACGCGCUGUACAUUUUCACUUUUUACGUGUAUAGGUCGAAGGUAUUCAAGUGUACUGUGUCUUACCCUUCUUUUAGAGUGUGAUUUUGUUGCUACUUACCUUUCAGGGAUCUGUAAGAUCUUUUGUUGGGCAAAAGAGAGAGAGAGAGAGAGUACAAUGAGGGAUGACAUCGCUACAAUUUAUUGCCAAUAUGUCAUGGUUUAUGACCAGAUUAUUCCUUGCCAGAGGGUUCAUCGUUAAUAUUGUUACCAUGACAGUGGAUACACACUGCACAGGAUUACUCUGUCCUCGGAGCUACUAGUCCUGUCUGUGGAGUCAGCACCAUUAGAUUUUUCAUUUACCUAAAUGUAGUUUUUGUACAAAAGCAUAUCACGUUAAGGGAGAAAAAGUUGGUAUAAUGGAACUAUUCUGACUGAGCUCUGCAACAAUAUUAGGCAUUCUUUACAUAAGCAGUAGAAUUGACCACUUUACCACGUUAAGUUUGGGUUGCAGUCUACCAAAUCAGGAAAUCAGACCAAAUGCGGCUAUUCCUAUGUGAGAUACACUCAGUGGCCAGCUUAUUAGGUACGCCCCGUUCACGAAAAUGGUUCGCUCCUACAGACA